AUGUGGAUAAAAGUUCAUGGGCCUCGAUUUACAUUGGAGCAUGCAUGGAAUGUUCUGAAACACUACGACAAAUGGACAUAUGGCACCCAAUUGAGCGGCGGGAGCUCAAAACGGUCUGGUCCAGAUGAAGGUGUGAGCUCAAAACGUCCUGACGGCGUCAAGAAAGUUAAGAGUAGGAGAAAAGCCCCAAUAUCCAGUUCUACAUCUCCAUCCUCUUUGGAAAUUACGACGAGGAGGAUUAGUGUGGGAGAGGACUUACUUGAGUAUCAAAAGGAGCGUGAUGCCUUGAGAGAAUCAACAAAAGAGGAAGAUAGAAAGUUCAAAAUUUGGAAUAUAUUAAUGGCUAAGUCUUCUCUUGAUCCGGAUGAGAGAGAGAUCAACGAACCUCUAUACCCCGAGAAUAUUUUUCGUCGUAGGUUUCGUAUGCAUAAGCAUGUUUUCCUUCGUAUUGUCGAAGGUGUAACGAUUCAAGAUGCUAAAUUCUUUGUGCAAAAACCAGAUGCUACUGGAAGAAUGGGGGCAUCUAAACUACAAAAAUGCACAGCGGCUAUCAGGAUGUUGGCAUAUGGUUCAUCCUCUGAUGCUGUUGACGAGUACCUGAAAAUUGCUUCAAGUACCGCUAGAGAGUGCCUUCUUCAUUUUGUCGAAGCGGUUGUUGCUAGAUUUGGAGAUGAAUACUUGAGGAAGGCAAAUGCAAAUGACAUUGAGCGUCUCCUACAUGAAGGCGAGCGUCGUGGCUUCCCAGGCAUGAUGGGAAGCAUCGAUUGCAUGCACUGGAACUGGAAGAAUUGUCCUCGGGGCUGGAAAGGAAUGUAUCAAGGAAGAAGCAAAACAACAACCAUAAUCUUAGAAGCGGUUGCUUCAAGUGACUUAUGGAUAUGGCAUGCUUUUUUUGGCACCCGGGUUCAUGCAAUGAUAUAA